GACAACAAAUAACGCCGAACAGUAUAAACCAUGGAAGGCGGACUACCCGAAACUGAGUUAGCUAAACUUCGAAACAGGUUUAAAAGAGAUGCAGAGCUUCUUUUACAUCCAGUUUCGGACGAAGAAGAAAAGAGUAAAGAGAAAGCCGUCUCUGAACCACUCCCACGCUUUAAUCGACACUCCAUCUUCUGGAUUCUGGCUUCCAUCGGUUUGACCUACUACGUAGAUUUUUUUCAAGUCAUCCUGGAAAAUGAAAAUAUUAAAAGUUGGUGGUUUAACGUGGGCCUGGUGCUGCUGACAGUUUGUCUGAGCCUCGCCACGUUCUGCAUCGUGUAUCUAGAGUGGUUCAAAGGAAUUCAGCAUUACGAUCAGGAAUACCCCGCGAUUCCACCAAUCACCACCGCCGCGUUUAUUGCUGCCUCCUUCAGUUUUAACAUUGCAUUAUGGCCAGUGUGGUCCUUCUUCACUCCUGUGAUUCUCUUCACUCAGUUUAUGGGGGUGGUGAUGGUAAUCUCAAUCCUGGGAUAAAGGCAAGGACACCUGCGCUCCAGACAUUUAUGUAUAGUGCAGGCUGAGACACAGAUCCCUCUGCAGUGAUGGAUUCUCUUUUAUACUCCUGUUUGUUUUUUUGUUAUGAGAAUAAAAACUACUUUUAUUUUUCUGUAUACACUAUUCCCCUGCCACACUAAAAUCUCAGCAUUUCAUUAGUGCUUGCAUACCAUAAAGGUAGAAAGUUUUCUUGGUAUGCUGGAGUUAUGAUCAGUCUCAAACACUGGCCUCCCAGGAACUCCUUUAAUGUCCCACACAUGUGGAAAUGGCUUGGUACAAUACCACGACUGUAAAGGAGAUGUGGCAGUAACUUCCAACUUUAAUGUAAAUGGUGUUUUUGAAUGCUAGAACAUUAUUUUGCAUUUAUUUCAUAAAUUGCAUAUUAAGUUCAUUUCAUAAAAUGCAUGUAGAUGCAAUUGCAGCUCUUGGUGCUCUACAACAGUUUUGGUGUUUGAUCACCUUGGAUGUGUAAUGGAAGAAAUUUCUAAGAAAUGGGUGGGUUUACCCAGAAUAAAAAGUACAAUGCUGAUUAUUCCUGCUAUGUCACAAAAAAACAUGCAAAAUUAAAAAUAAACCUCUUUACUGUUUAAAAUUA